AGAGAACUCUUCCAGUUCUGUGCGACUCGAGGAAUCUCUGUGACUCGUGGCUCGACGGUCGGGUUAGAGGAGAAGAACCUAACUCGGUCAUUGGACGACUCCUGGGGUCGUCCUCAAUCGGUGAUAAGAUUAAGGGAAUACCCGACUGUCAGCAGCCGUGGUACCGCGGAUUUCAUGACAGCCGUUUGACAACGACGACGCGACAGCAGGCCACCUCGGCACCGGUGAGCUCUAUGACCAUGCUUCAGUCGCAAAAGCUGUACGGCGAUGCGGGUGCCAUGAGCAGCGCCGCGAUGUCCAGCAUGGGCAGUAUGGCGCCCACGUACAGCUCGAUCAACUCGAUGAGCUGCGUACCGAUGGGAAUGUCGAUGGGAGUUGGGGUCGGGCCUAGCUGCAGCCCACAAGGCGCCGGAGGCUUCAACAUGAGCACCAUGAGCUCGGCUAUGGGAAUGGCGUCGAUGGGUGGCGGCGGGAUGAGCGGUUACAGCGGCGCUUCCAUGGGCACCGGUGGUGCCUGCAUGAGCGCCGUCGGAUACGGGCCGCUGACACCCAGCGGCGGUACCGGCGUAAGCCGGGAUCCCCUGGCUCUGACCGAGCCGGACUCGCCCAAUUCGGCGUUACAACGCGCACGAAGCGAGAAAUCCUAUCGCCGUAGCUACACGCACGCGAAGCCGCCGUAUUCCUACAUCAGCCUGAUCACCAUGGCGAUACAGAACGCGCCCCACAAGAUGCUGACUCUGUCGGAGAUCUAUCAGUUCAUCAUGGAUCUGUUCCCGUUCUACCGGCAGAAUCAGCAACGCUGGCAGAACUCCAUCAGGCACUCGCUCAGCUUCAACGACUGCUUCGUCAAGGUACCACGCACGCCGGACAAGCCCGGGAAGGGAUCCUUCUGGACCCUACACCCGGACAGCGGCAACAUGUUCGAGAACGGUUGCUACCUGCGACGUCAGAAGAGGUUCAAAGACGAGAAGAAGGAGAUGACCAGGCAGACCAACAAGCAUCAACAGCAUCAGCAGCAUCAGGCGACGGCCGCGGCGGUCGCGGCCGCGACCGGAGCGACUAUCGCGGGCCAACAUAGUCCGCCCACUCACGAAGGCGCGCCUGGUACCAAGAAGACCGGCUCGUCCAUCCACCACGGCGGUCCACCGCAACAGGACGACAAAGAUCUGCACUCGUUGGUAUCCUCCCAUCACCAUCAUCACACCGCCGGACUCCAUCAGCACCACACAACUCUGAAGAGCGACACCACCGACAUCGGCGGUCUCUUGGUACCGGAUCUCGGUGCCGCGCACGACGAACUCACCGCCAUGGUCAGCCGUAGUCUCCAUCCGCAUCUGUUAUCCGAAACCGCGACCCUACAUCACAACAUGACGGGUAGCUUGAAGCAGGAACCGCUUUACGGUACCGCCGCGGCCAAUCAUCCCUUCAGCAUCAACAGGUUACUACCGCGAGACACGACUGGUACCUCGCCAGGCGCCCAGGAUACCAAACCACCCGAGAUGAAGAUGUACGAGCAGCUGCAUCAAAGCUACGCUAAUUUUGGCUCGCCCCAUCAUCCGCACGCCCACUCGGCGCCACCCGGCCACCAUCAUCACAACGGUAUGCACGCCGGGACCACCGCCGCCGGCCCGAUGCACAUGACGAAUCAUCAUCACCAGGAGUAUUACCAGAGCCCGCAUUAUCAUCACGCGACCAGCGUCGCCACCACGAGCGCGCCGCCGCCGCCCGCAGUCGCUACCGCGGCGCCGGGCUUGUGACAUCACGCCACCCACCCUUACGCUUUGGCCUGAGUCGCUGCCGCCGCGGCAUACGUCGCCAGCGCUGCCGCACCCCCAAUGCCACCCCCGAGCACCCCGGAUCUGUCGUCGACCGCGACCACCGCGGCGCCGACGGGGACGUCGUCGUCCCCCACGACCACCCUGUCGACCGUCUCGUCGUCGCCGCGUGCGCAACCACGCCGGCGCGCCCGUCGUCCCGAGAACGACGACGACAUCGUCGACGCCGUCGUAUGCUGGCCGCCCGACGACGACGACGAGUACGACGACGAGGACGAGGACGAGGAGAGCGUCGUCUACAGACGGUAGAGUUAGGAUUUCCGCCGGGAGAGGUAGGAUCCCCAAAAGGGUAUUUCGGCUCGCUCUGUGUGUUACACGGUUCAUCGUCUCGGAUCGGAUUGUUAGGGGAUAGGAAAUAAGGGUUGUUAUAUAUUUUCAAGGUUAAUAUAUAGAUGUGGUAUAUUAGCGUGUUCAGAAAUUUAUACUAUGGGGAAUUAUUCAAUAUUUUCCUGUUUUGUAUAUUGGGUGGAUCGAAAUUUGUGCGAAACAUUUUUUAGGGGAUGGUUUCUUAUAUUGAAGUUCAGAUUUGAUGAAAAUAUUAAUAUGGGUUAUUUAUUUCGGAUUCUUUAUAAGGGUACCGAAAAAAAAAAUUGUUUUAAAUAAAUAUGAAAAAAGUGAUCCGAUUGCUAGUUGGAAUAUUGAAAUAAAGAUACCAGAGAAUUAAUUGACCAAUACUGGUUAAGGUGAAAAAUCUUUUAUUUCGACCCCGAAGCCUGAAGAGGACCCAAUUCGGGGUCGAAAUAAAAGGAUUUUUCACUUUAGCCAGUGUUGGUCGAUUAAUUCCCUGGUAUCUUUAUUUCAAUAAAUAUUUUUUUAUUAGUGGAAAAUGU